GAGGAGACUAGUUCGACUCCAAGUAGAGUGAAGAUUUUGUUGAGGGACUGUCUAGGAGUUGGGGUGACUUUUCUGAUUCCUACGAAGGCUCAGAGGCCGUGGUCUCCUCUGGUGGGAUUUCAAUGCGUUUAUGAAUCCUAUUUUCAGAACGAGACUAGGCUUUGGUUCCCGAUCCCUCGACUCGUUACGUCUUAUGUGAGACGUCGUGAUGCGGCGAUCAGUCAAUUAUUAAACGGUUUGCUUCGCCUCUCCAUAGCAUUGAUGGUGAUGGCAGCUGAGGUCGACGUAUCGAUGAACGUUUGAGCUUUCGAAGAAUUGACGUAUCUUAAGUCGAUGGGAGAAGGGCUAUACUCGGUUCAAAUGAAGCCGAACUACAACGUUAUCGUUGGGCAUCCCAACAUGAUGAAUAACUGGCAGCGCUUCUACUUCUACGUUAAGUCAGACGAGUUUGCUUUCGAGGAGCCGCCCGGCGCCACCUUCCGUUUUUUGUGGAGCUCUGAACUUGGUAGAUUGUCGCUGAUAACUUGCAAUUGUUUCCUUCUUUAAUCUCAUUAAUUCUCUUUUCGAUGCAGUUGAUCAUCCAAACACAGCUGCAUACACCGAAGAGUUCAUAGCGAACGCUCGCGCUGUCGCAUCGCUUGCUCAGGAGAGUUGGAAGAACAUUACCAUCGAGAGGAUUCGACGAGCCGUUGAUAGGAUCUCGAAGAGUGAGUCUUUAAUGUUUUGUAUGUACCGCUCUUCACUCUUCUCGUGUCUUGACUUGUCAACCUUUUUACAGAGGAUUGGAGGUCCGAUCUGCUACCGUUGGUGUUGUAGCCCUGAAAUCUGUGGUUCAACCAGAGCCUCACCAAACCUCCCAAACCUCCCAAACCGGCCACCUAGGAGACACCAGCGACAAACGUUCAGUCCAAGGAGCCUAUCUCAACAACCAGAAGGAGUUUGUUUAUGAAAUCAACUUUUAUAGAAGUCUAACUAACCAAGGAUUCGGUGAGGCUUGGAAUUUCAAUAAAAUCUUCAAGGACAAGAAAGUUAUGAAUUUUACAAACUGGAGCUUCUCCAGCCCAUCCAGUUGCGAGUAUCAGCCCUUAGAAGUGGAUUUCAGCCCAACCAUGAAGUGGCCUUCUCCAGAACCAGCCAUGGGAUUCAAGACAGAUGUCUUAGCUUUCCAUAAAGCCCAAAAUCAGCCGAAUUGGUCAAAGAAAAACCAAGAUGCAAUCAAUUUCCCAAAACCGACCAAACCGACAACAAUUUGGGAAAGUCUCCAACCAAUUCGAUUUGGGUCGAUCCAGAGUUAUCUAUGGAAGACAGCAGAUCAUCUCAACCAUCCAUAAGACAUCCUAGACGUCCUUAGCUGCACCAGCACCCAGAGAUCAGGCGGAUUCUCAUUUACCUCAGUUUGCUUUAUUUGGAGUCUUUGGCAAUAACUCUCCAACAGCUACCUAAACAGGUUGUGCACGACUUCAGCACAUAUCAAAUCCAUCAAGAAGAUUCCCAGGAAGCUCUCAUAUCCACUCAAACCGUCCAGGUUCAAGAGGAAUCAAAUUCCCCAUUUAUGGCCAAGCAAAUCUCAUUCCAACGGCCAUAUUCCUCCAUUGAAGACUAAACUUUAUUUUCAAGUUAAUUUCUUUCCUUGUAUUUUUUAUGACCGUUUGGUCUUGUCUAGAGUCCCCUAGGAGAGCCUAUAUAAGCUCCAGUCGUCCAUCAUUGUAAAGCACCCAUCUUUGAAAGUAUUAUGAAUUAUUCAGUUUUUCUAGUUUCUCAAAACUAUUGUUCUAAGUCUUAGAGUAUUGUGAGAAGCAGCUCUUGAGCAUCCAUCCAGACUUAUCAAAGCCUCCUUUCACAGAGAUUUGUGGCGUCCAUCAUCCCAUUUCCAUCCACCAAUCGAUCUUGAGAGUGAUACACAUCCAGCAAGACCGGUUCCAUCUUCAUUUAUCUUCCAUCCAUUGAUCCUUGUUGAGAGUGAUACACAUCCAGCAACAAAGAUCCCAUCUCCAUAAAUCUAUCCCUUUUCUAUUUGAUCUUAUUCAUAUUAUCAUUUUGAUUCAUAUUUAUAUUUGUUUCUGUUUGCAUCACAAAAACUCUAAAACUCAUAAAAAUCGGUUCUCAUUGUUUUCAGGUUGUAGCCUUGGAUCCAUUAUCUAUCAAUUCGUGGGUUACCCCCCCCCCCCCCCCUUGUGCCCACAACAGUUGGUGACUGGCAAGAAACGGGAGAUUCUCAAUCUUUACCAGAGCAGAGCAUAAGAAGAUAAGUGCGGCCAGGAAGAUGACAACCUUGCCAGAUCUAAGUGCUUUGUUAGGAAGUCGUUUGGGAGGUUCGUCGAGCAAUGAACCGAUUGUGGUUUCUGGUGAGGCGACUCGAGGAGAAACUUUGACUGUGAGCCCUCGGUCGAUGAUGGUCCCCGAUCCGAUGGUUUCCGAGCUCCCGAAGGGGAGUCUCGCUCCAGAAGUCAUCGAACCGGAGAAAACCAAGAAGAAAGGAAAGAAGCGGGCAGCUUCUGGCAUUUCCGUUUCAUCGGUCGAAGGGACUUCGGCAGAGGCGCAAUCCGACGAGCCUUCCAAGAAAAAGACGAAGAAGAAGAAGAAGAAGAAGUCUGUCGAAGAACAGGCCGAGCCCGAUGAGGGUACGGAAGGUUGAGAUAUUGUGGUCCACGAUGGUUCUGGCCGCGAUGCUGCUGCACGUGCUGAAGGUGGAUCGAAUGAUUCGCCGGGUGAUCCUCUAGAGAGGAAGAAGAGAAAGAAACAGUCUGUCGACCAUGAUGCACCGGUUCUGACCGAGCGAGAUAACUCUCACGCGUCAGAGGAGAGAGGUGAGGCGGGAGUUCGUCGUCCUACUCCUCCGCGGGUUGCUGCGCCGACGAUCGGGAGCAGUGGUUUGGCUCCGAGGAAAUCUCGGAUCAAGUUUCCCGAUCACGUAGAGUUUAAAUACGACGGGGACAUUCCUCUCUCAUACGCAUCGGCUGAGUACGCUGAACUUAUCCGCCAGAUGCGGGGCGGGCCGAGGGACAUGCCAGCGGUGAGCGAUCUGAUCUUCAAAGAAGCUUAUGUUGACGCGACUUGAACCAAAGUUCUGAGUGACGGGAGCAUGAAUUUCGCCAUCGAGAAGUACGACACGGCGUUGAAGGACACACUGGCUCAGCUGGGUAAGGCCGAGAAGCUGGCGCGGGUGAGGGGCGAGGGGCCCGUAAAUCGAGUGAGUUCAAGAAGACCAUUGAUCUGGCUGUUGUAGAGCGCGAUCGACUGCUCGCGGGAAACAAAGCCCAGAAGGAGAGGUUUCUGGAGAGAUUUGGAGAGUUGAAAGACAAGUUUAGAUCGUCUCGUGAAAGGGUUAAGGAACUCGAACAAGAGAAGACCGUCUUGGAAGCAGAGAAAGCUACUCUAGAGGAAGAGUAGAGAUACACAUCCCUUAGAUGGGUGAGGGAGAUCAACCGGGUGAGGGAGAUCAACCGGCUGAAAGAGUCUCGGAGUUUCGAGGUUACCCACGAACGGGUAAGGGUUCAUACAGAAAUGAUCGCGAAGAGUAAUCGUCGGUUCAACAAUAUUCGCAACCGGGAGGUCCGUCGUAAGGAUUUCGAUCAUGCCCGUCUCUUAUACAGUCAAGCCUUUGGUACGAAGAAAUGCCUUGAAGCUUUGAAGGCAAAUGGGCGUGAUAUCCCGCAAGACAUCAUCGAUGUGUUCUCCGAACAGGAAAAGCAUUUUGAACUUGAGGCCAAGCGACUUGACGUCGGUGAGAUCCCUGAGACCGAUCUAUCUCUUUCUCCGCUUUUACUCGACUCACCGUUCAUCAACAAACAUGUCUUGGCGGGACUCGAUCCUUACGGGUCGAACACUGGACUUGUCGAUCCCGGGACUGUGGUUUCUCUCCGAACUCCGAGUAGCUCUCAUGGCGAACAGUCGGGUGAUCGUCUUGAUGAUCCCGCACCCUUCGUUGAAUUUGAGACUGCGCCUGCUGCAGACGAGCUUAUUGCCUCCAAAGAAACCUCUGACAAUGCUCCGCAGUUAGGCGGCAAGGUCGUAACCUCUCCGGGAGGUACGCAAGUUGGUGAAGGGGUCUUGGAGAUUUCAGACUCUUCUUCAGAGGAUCGGAGUGAAGGGGACCCAGUUGAGAAGACAACGGGUUCGGAGUUGGGUGACGCGGAGAAGAGCCCGGGCGCAAGGUCGAAACUUAUCGAGACUAUAGAAGCCACACCCGUCGAUGAACAAACAGAAGGGAUCAGCGUAGACCACCCAAAUUCUUCCGCCGACGUCCCAGACAGAUCAAUUCCUCCAGUUGCCAAUGCUUCUGAAGAUUAACCCCAAAUGUUGUUGUUGUUCCUCUUAGUCUUUUGCUUUCUUUUGGCCCUGAGAGGCGUUUGGUGUUGUAACUCUUUUUGUUUAAACUCUACUUUGAACUUCGUUAAAUUUCAGUAAGUCGUUUCGUUGUUUCCUGACAGAAUUUUCAACGAAAUUUCCAGUAAGCCGUAAGGCGAAGUUUUCGGACUCAGAAUUGCGACGGUCUUUUCAGUGAGUCGCUAAACGUUGCUUUAGACUUAGGAAUUUUAACGAUUUUUUAGUUAAGUUGUUUCGUUAGUCUUGAAGUAAAGCAGAUAAUCGAUUGGUAGUUCGACGGUUUAUCGAGACUGAAUGCUCAG